AUGAGCACGUGAACGGCCAUGGGAGUGUGCGUAAACUGGUGGGGUAGAGGCCGCGUUCGAUCUAUUGAGGUGGCGACAGCAACCGUUGGUGACGAAGAAUGGUAAUCCUAUCCUUUAUUCCACCGGUCUCUCAGUGAUGUUGGCCGAAGGAAGAAUGGCAACGGCGGAAGUAGCAGGACGGACUGCUGGCAGUAGUAGCGGCACUAACCGCGGCGGCAGAGGCCCAGAUACUGAUGCUCAGGCCCAGUCCUCGGAGCGGGAUCGGCGAGUGCGCGCCUUGGGCGCCUUCUUGAAGACCCGUCUCGGGCCUUACGAACCGGUCCUGACAGCUGUACAGGCCACGCUCACCUGGGAGAGGCCAGCAAGGAGCGCUCUUGGCUGGGUUGGCGCGCAUGCAGCUUUCGGGUUUUUUGCCCUGACCUCUCUUCAUCUGAUAUUCUUAGUUGCAUUCACCCUAAUACUAAUAGUAUGUUUAGAUCAGUGGAAGUAUAGAAUCUGGCCUGAUAUAAAAGUAAGACCUGAUCAUCUAGACAAUGGAAGUUGGGGCUUUGUCCAUCCUCGACUUUUGAGUGUACCUGAACUAUGCCACUUUUUGGCCAAAGGAUGGAUUACAGGAGUCAGCUUCAUGAGAAGCCUGCUGAGUUUCAAAAAGCAAAAUCCUGGCAAGUUCUGCCUUUUAGCUUGCGGUGUCCUUACAUUUUUGGCUGUCUUAGGAUACUACAUCCCUGGUAUCUGUCUUGCCUAUCUUAUAAUGCUUUCUCUCUUAUUGUGGCCACUUGCUGUAUACCAUAACCUGAGUCAACAUCUGUACAUUAAACUACAGCCAGCUCUGCAACGGUUGGACUUCAGUGUUCGUGGUUAUAUGAUGUCCAAACAUAAGGAGAGACAGUCACGUCACCACAUUUGGAGGGAGCAUCCUGCUGGUGCCGAUGAGAGUGAUAGUGAAGAAGAGCUUGCUGCUUUUUGUCCUAAGUUGGAUGAUGCUGUGGUUGCCAAAGAACUGACUUUCUCUGACUCUGAGCAUUCUGAUGCAGAAGUGUCUUAUACUGAGAAUGGGACAUUCAAUUUAUCCCGAGGCCAAACUCCAUUGACAGAAGGUUCUGAGGACUUUGAUGGCCACAGCGAUCCAGAGGAAUCUUUUGCUCGAGAUCUUCCAGAUUUCCCUUCUAUUAACCCUGAGAUGACAGGUAUAGACGAUGAGGAUGACACCAGCAUUGGCAUUCCAAGCCUUGCCCCCCAUCACCGUGCCCAGGAAGAGAACCAACAAUCUCAUAAACAGGAAGCAGUGACUUCAGAAUUUCUCCUGAGUGAGCUUCCAUUAAUGCACAAUCUGACAGAUGACUUAGCUGGUUUUGUGACCAGGGGAAUGAUUCAGCUAGCCUUGUCAGGAACUUCCCAGUCAGUUGCUAUGCAUAACAACAGACAGCAGCAAAAUGCCACGGCCUUCCUUCGGACCUCCAGCUCAGAGCUGGAUACAGAUGCUGAAGGGGAUGAUUUUGAACUAUUAGAUCAAUCAGAGCUGAAUCAGAUGGAUCCUUCAAAUUCCCGUGGUCAAUAACAAUUAUCUGGCAUUUGUUUUCUGGCUCCUUUGCUAAUGGACCAGAAUUAGAAGAGCCCAGUGGAGGAGUAAGAUAUUACCAUACAGUUUUCUUGGCUAAUUUGGCUUGGCAAAUUAGGGAAAUUGUAUACAUUUUAGAACAAAAGACUACUAUAGUAGAAUUAGAAGAAUUUGGCUAAUGGAUUUCCUGUGAUCUACAUCUUUGUAUUUUGUACUUUGCACUCUUAGUUCAAAAAGGAAAAAAAAAAUCCUGCUGCCUGAUUUAUUAAAUGACUCCAGUGAUAGGCUUCAGAUCUUGAAAAACAAGCCAUCAGAAAUAGUCUUGUAUUUAAGACACAAACUAAGUUCUUGAGUAAUUCAGGUGAGUAUUUUUCCCAGUUUCUGGUUUAGGGUUUAAAUUUUCCCAAGACCUUAGAGGUACUAGAAAUUACUUCCAUCUCUAGCAAAGAUUGCAUGGAAUGAUUCCAAAUACAUAAUUUAUUGAAACCCUAGGUGAGAUAUUCUCACAGAAAAUAAUAGCAAUAAUAUACACACAGAGAUCUCUAUAAGCUUUUGAAUGAAGUUUUCUUAUCUUCUCUCCACCACAUACAUGAAAGAAUUGCCAUUUCAUUCUAGAAAUCAUCAAGUCUCUUAUUGAUUUCAAAAUUGGAAUAUAAUAUCUAAAUUAGUUAGAUACCCAGCAAGCAGUCUGUCAUUCUGAUCUAUCCCACUAUUGUUGACAUGCCCAUUUCACGUUAUCUGUAGCUGUUUAACUCCCAGAUGGAUUCCUACUUUCUGAAGAAAAAUUGCUUAUUAAGGAAGCUAAUUGAUUUCCACUGAAAGGUGAUAAAGGCCAGAAUCUUAAGAACAACUGCUCCAAUAAAAGUGGGCUACACUGCUAAUGAUAACUCUUUUAGAAAAAUUCCCUAAGAACACAAAAUGGGAACAAAAUUUCAUCAAGGGGAAAGGAGACAUGGGAAAUUCUGAGAGAGCAGGAACACUCUAUUUGAAAACCAAUUUCAUCAGACUUAAUAGAAUUGUUAGUAUAUCUUGGUUGUACUGUUUGCAUUAUUGCACAGGUACAUUCCUUCUCAGUAAAACAUCUGCUAAUAUCUGGAUGUUACAAAUACUAUGGCACCAGGUCUGUUCAUAAUACUGCUUCUUUGCGUGAGUAAAACUAGCAAAGGAUUUUUUUUAUUGCAUUCAUCAUAAAACAGUUUUGCAGACCUACAAAAAACAAGCCUUCUUUAAAUAGUUCAUACUGUGAGGAACUUAUGAAUUAAUUAUUCUGGUGCUUUGUAAUUUUCUGUACAGAAUUCCAUAUACAAACUAUUUCUAUACUAAACUAUUGGAAAAUUGUACCUUAGAAGUAAUUAUCCUUGAUGCAAAGCCAUCCUGGUGAUUCUCUGAACAAGAGAGACUUGAAUAAGUGCUGUGCUUUUAUACUUUAAACAUUUAUUUAGAUUACUUUAUUUGAACUGCUUAUAACAACUUGUGCAUUAGCAUAUCCAGUUAGAAGGUCUUGCUCCAUAUUUUUAUAAUAGCAAUUCAAUCUGUAUCAUUUUUGCAGGCUCAGUAGUUUUGAGGUUUACUUUUUCCCCCAACAUAGAGCAUUAAAAGACAUUCAUAAAAUACUGCCUAUUGUUUUAUUGGCCAGUAAUACUGUGAUGUUAAUGCUAUAUGAGUAAUAGCACAUUCUUGCAGAGAAUAUUUGAAACGGUAAUACAUUGUAAAUUUAAAACAGCUUGGUUUGAGUAGCAUUUGUGUGGCAAUAUCAUGUUAUUUAAUUGCCUUUUUGAGUGUUUAUAAAUCAGCCAAUAUUGUAGAGUAUUUAUAGUAAAUUGUCUCAUUGAAGAAGUUUUUAAAGUAAAAUGCUGAUAAUUUUUGAAAUGGAAAACUGACUACUUCAUUAGAUUUUAUGUGAUGUGGAAUAGAAAAAGGUUUAGUGCAAUAAGACCACCAAACACUCCUCCAUUGUAUUAAUAGUUAAAUAUAUUUUAAACAUUUUGCUGGGUGUUUCUUUCUGCUGUAUCUGCUGCAAAAUAAAGUAUUUGAGAAAAAAA